AACAACAAACAAAACAGAAAAUAUUUCAAACAGUUCAUGUCGAGAUGGCGUCGAGUGUGGUUCUUGUGUUGUGACGUUCUGUAAUAGAAAAAUUGAAAGUUCAAAAUAUCGCGGUGUAUUAUUUUAUUUAUUACGUUAACUUUGUUUAUAUAAAUUGUUCGGCAAUUGAACUAGAGUUGGACGUUAAUUUUGGUGCUAUUUUUUAACCAUAGAUUAAAGUGUUCGGAAGCAAGCACAUACACCAAAAAUAUUAACGUUAAGUGAUGGAUCCGAAGUUUUCCUCCCGCAAUCCGUCGUCGGAUCGAUAGGAUUCUCCCGCCUCGCACCGUCUUCGGCGGCCGAAAUGUUCCCGAGCCGAGGCCAGCCGCCAUGCCGCCGAUAAAAUAAGAGGUCCGCUCCGCCACCGCCAUGACCGUGCUCAAUCGCAAUCGGAUAUGCCGCCGGCCCAGCCCCAAAGGCUUCGCCUUGUCCGCCAUCCUGGCCACCGUGCUGCUCUGCAUUUAUUACACCAGUUAUACGUCCGAUGUCCAAAGAAACAACAAUUCCGUUGUUCCCCAAGAAAUAACGGCUAAGGAAAGAAACGGACAACAGCAGUUUCUUACAGCCACUGGAUUGGUGCACCAGGUCACUCACGGGAAGGAUUUGGAAAAAUGUCCUCGAUUGGUUUCAGCCGAUGUGGACAUAUCCACUUUAGACGUUUAUAAAGAUUUCGAGUUUCAGCCUAUGUGGAUGAGGAGCAAAGAAUACUGGGAUAAAACGUUCGAGGAUCGCUACGAACGGCAAAAAAUGGAUCCCGAGAGACCUCCUCUAAAAGUAAUUAUAGUGCCACAUUCCCAUAACGAUCCUGGUUGGCUCAAGACUUUCGAAAGCUACUUUCACGUGUCAUCGCGUCAAAUCAUGAGCAACAUGGUUGCUAAACUGCAAGAAUACAAGAACCUAACGUUCAUUUGGUCCGAGAUAUCAUUCCUGAACGCUUGGUGGGAAGAAGCGCAUCCCAGCAAGCAGAGGGCGCUGAAAGAACUAGUGGAUUCAGGCCGAUUGGAAAUUACUACUGGCGGAUGGGUGAUGACUGAUGAAGCUGACGUACAUUUGUAUGCCAUGGUUGAUCAGCUCAUAGAAGGUCAUCAAUGGUUAUGGACAAAUUUGGGCGUUAAACCCAAAUCAGGAUGGUCAGUAGAUCCCUUUGGUCACGGCAGUACAGUCCCUUAUCUUCUAGGGGCCUCAGGUUUGAAAGGAACUGUCAUUCAGAGAAUACACUAUGCUUGGAAACAGUGGUUAGCUUUAAAACAAUACGGCGAUUUUCGAUGGGUACCUAGUUGGAACUCUGGCGACAAUGCCGGAUCGAUUUUAACUCAUAAUCAACCAUUCGACAUUUACUCUAUUAAGCAUAGUUGUGGGCCGCAUCCUUAUAUUUGCUUAAAUUUCGAUUUUCGAAAAGUACAGGGAGAAUAUACUGAGUAUUCCUUACAUUCGCAGGCAAUAACUGAAAAGAACGUGAAAGAAAAAGCUGAACUACUUUUAGAACAGUACGCUAGAACUGGGUCUCUGUUUCCUCAUAACGUAGUUUUGAUGCCUCUCGGUGACGACUUUAGGUAUAAUCUCCGAGAAGAAUUUGACCAGCAAUACUUAAAUUACAUACAACUUAUAAACUACAUUAAUGCUCACAAAGAACAAUAUAGAGCUGAAGUUAGUUUUGGAACGCCUAGCGCGUACUUUGAUGAAAUCUUGAAAAGGUAUGAUCAAUUUCCGUCUCUAAAAGGUGACUUUUUUGUUUACUCAGAUAUUUUCUCGGAGGGCAGGCCAGCUUAUUGGUCGGGAUAUUUUACUACAAGACCGUUCUUAAAAACACUAAACAGGGAAUUGGAGCAUAGCUUACGAUCGGCUGAAAUUCUUUAUACCGUAGCCUUAAACAACGCUAGACAGCAAAGAUUGCUGGCUUAUUUGAAAUUAUUAGAAAAAGAUUACGAAAAACUCAUACGAGCUAGAAGAAAUUUAGGUUUAUUUCAACAUCACGAUGCGAUUACAGGAACCAGCAAAUCUUUUGUUAUGAAGGAUUACGGAAUAAAACUUUUUGAAGCUUUACGAGAUACUGUUAGUAUUCAACAAAAUUCUCUACAAAGUCUAUUAUUUCCGAAAGUCCAUGUAAGUAAAGAUAAUAACCUAGUUCUUAGUGAUCUUGAAAGGGAGUCAUAUGAUAAGUUGCCUAACAAAAGUAAUAUUCAGAUAGGAGGAAAACAGAAGAGAAAAAUUGUUGUUUUUAAUCCACUUGCAUAUUUUCAAGAAUAUGUAAUUACGCUUACCGUUAACACUACUAAUAUUAAAGUGACAGAUUCUAGUGGGAAUGACAUUGAAUACCAAAUCAACCCUAUUCUAGUAGCUAGAUUAGGAAAAUAUUGGAUAGAAUCGAACGAGUUUGAGAUUAUUUUUAUAGCUAAACUGGAAGCGCUAACUGUUACGAGUUUUUAUUUAGAACAUUCAGAAAAUGCAAAAGAAAAAUUGGCGACAUUGUAUUGUAAGAAUUGCAAGAAAAAUACUCAAAUUUUGUCUGACGGUAGCAAAUCUGAAGCGCCAUUCGUCAUUAAGGAUAUUCCUCCCAGUGACAUUCAGCUAGAGAACCACAAAAUGAAACUGCUGUUUAGCGGAACUACCGGGUUUAUGAAAUCGGUUACGAGAAAGCAUAAACCGAAAGUAAUGCAGUGCAAAAUUCAGUUUGCUGCUUACAGGAGUGCUCAGUUCCAUUCAGGCGCGUAUUUGUUCAUGCCCGAUCCUAACGAGCGAGAUUACGAGAAGGAUGUGUUAUUGCAGUACAAAGAUCAAAUGUCUGUGAUAAUAACAACCGGACCAGUAACGACCGAAUUACUGACAAUAUACGGACCGUUCCUGCUUCACAAAGUCACAAUCUAUUUAGAUGAAAAAUCUACGCUGUCCGAUGCGAUCAGUAUAGAGAACGUCGUUGAUUUCGAGAGUCCGCCUAAAAAUCGCGAAACCGAACUUUUCAUGCGAGUUAUUUCGGACGUUCAGAACGGGGAACCGCCCGAAUUCUUCACAGACUCCAAUGGUUUUAACAUGCAAAAGAGAGUGAAAAUUGAACGUAUUGGCAUUGAAGGCAACUACUUUCCUAUCACGACGAUGGCGUACAUUCAAGACGAACAUAUCCGGUUGAGUUUACUUACCAAUCAUGCCCAGGGAGCGGCAGCAUGGCAGCCGGGAUUCUUGGAGGUAAUGCUGGAUAGAAGAACUUUGUAUGAUGAUUCGCGGGGAAUGGGCGAAGGCUUAGUCGAUAACAGGAGAACGGCGAGCAAGUACUGGCUUCUUGUUGAAGACGUCACGAAGGUUCCGGUUGAUAGCGUCGUGCAGCCAAAGAGAUUCGAUGAAGAUGAUACAUUUGAAAAAGGUGAAGUUAUUCGUUCAUUCAACGUUCCCACUGCUCCAGUCGAUCCUCCAAAACAAGAUUCAUUUCCCAGACCCUCGUUAUAUGCCACCCACUUAUCCAACGCACUCAACUACCCUGCGCAGGUCUUCAUCAUCGAUUCAGAGAUGCAGUCGUCCACCCCGGAGCUGAUCAGAUUGACCAAACGACCGCUUCCUUGCGAUCUGCACUUGUUCAAUCUCAGAACUCAACCCGACUACGAAUACUCACAAUUUCCGUCUAACAGUGCUUUGCUCCUGUUCCAUAGGCAGGGCUACGACUGUUCGGUGAGUCCGAACUAUACCUGCGCCGUAACUAAAUUAGAAAAAGACAAUUAUUUUGAAUUAGUUAAUGUUAAGGAAAUGGAAUUGAAGUCUCUGACUGGACUGGACACUCUUCGUAAAUUGAAUUAUUUAGGUGAAUUGUAUAUAGAACCGAUGUCUCUCAAGACCUUAAAUGUAACCUUUGGAUAAUUUGAUGUGAUUUUCUAGAUGAAUUUAUCUCACUGAAUAAAAAUAAUAAGAUUGGAGUACACCAAUGAAAUUAGCAAGAUCACGAAAAUGUUGAAAUAUUGCUGACUUAAAUUCUGGUUAAAGGACGACGCUCACUGAAUCGACUCGGACCGGUCGACUCAACUAAGAGCUAUCGGCAGAUUUUGGUAUACAUAGAAAUAAAUGUUAUCAUCAGACCGGACCCGACCGAUAAUUACAUUUAUUUCUAGGUAUACCAGAACCUGUCGAUAGCUUUUAGUUCUUCUUAAUCGUGGUGUUCGAUUUUUUAACUCGUUUUAGUAUACAGAGUGGUCCAAAUUUUAUUCUGGAACUUUUCCAGCAUAUUCUGCAGAUAAAAAUUAGUAAAAAAGUUCGUACAAACUUAUGUCCUAAAAUGCUUUGUUUAGGAGAUACAGGGUGUUAAAAUUUCAUUUUUAUUUCGAUGUUUUCAAAAUGAUUUUUGAACUAAUGUCGAUAUUUGUAUCAAAAUUAGUGUCUUGGUGUUUUUUGUGAAAUGAGAAAUUUGAUUUCGAUGUUAAUAGGAGUCCUGCUUGUAGGGGGCACCACCUAUGUAUUUUCUAAUUAGUUUAAAAAGAAACAAUUUUUUGUCCGUACAUAUAAGACGUAAUAGAAAUACCGAGUGAGAAAAUAUACAUUUUUAUCAUUUUUUAUGUAAAAAACGCCUCUUGAUAAAAACUGCGAAAAAAUACGAAUAACCGUUCUCAAGAUAUUUGCUUCUCAAGAAAUUAUCAAUACAUGUUGACUAGAUAGCUAUUUGACUGAAAUGGUAAAUUUGGAAACUUUUUAUUGAAACCUUUUUAAGGAUAAAAAACGGCGGAAUUGAAUAUUUUUUCACUCAGUGGUUUUAUACAGGUACGGACGAAAAGUUAUUUCUUUUUAAAUCAUUUAAAAAAUAUGUAGGUAGUGCCCCCUACAAGUAGGACCCAUAUUGACAUCGAAAUCAA